UUUCUCCGCUCCAGUGUGAGGCGGCUCGGUGGCGGCCAUGUUUGCUGGCCCCGGGUGACAAUGGUGGGUAUGAGCGUGCUGCGCUCUGGCGCGGCGUGGGCCGCCAGGCUGAACCCCUUCAGACAGGGCGUCUCAAAGGGUGGUUUGCUCAGCAGGAGCGCGAGAGCGACCGAUAAAGCGUCAGUCCGGUAUGGAAGCCACGGGAAACAGAUGUUUGUCAUCAAGCCCUCGGAUUACUAUGACAGGAGGUUCCUGCACCUUCUAAAAUAUUAUAUUUUACUCACUGGAAUUCCUGUUGCAGCUUUUGUGACUUACGUGAAUGUGUUCAUCGGUGAGGCGGAGCUGGCGGAGAUUCCGGAGGGAUACGUACCUGAGCACUGGGAGUAUUAUAAGCACCCGAUCACCCGCUUCAUCGCAAGAAACUUCUAUGAUCCUCCAGAAAAGGACUAUGAGAAAAUGAUGGCUCUGAUCCAGAUGGAGGCGGAGAAGGCUGAAAUGAGGCUGAUGCAGCUGGAAGUGCGCAGACACAUGCGACACAAGGGUGAUGGACCCUGGUUCCACUACGAGACAAUGGACAAAUCGCUCAUUGACAACAGCAACAAGUCAACUCCAGACAACUAGUGGAAACUGGCAUCGCACGUGGUCCUGGGCACCGGUGUCGGCCAUCCGUUCAUAAAUUAUCUUGUGUAUAUGCUUGUAAAAUUUGCAUAAUUGCAAAAAUAAAAACCUUGUUUCAGUA